CUGCCUUCUCUGUGGCUCUAUUAGUAGACCUCUGUGAUGUGUCCAAGCGACUCUGGCUGUGUGAGCUGCUGCUGCUGCUGAGCCUCUUCACAAAUAGUUUUUGUUUAUUUGCAGGUCCUUGAGGGAGUCAAAUGUGUUGGACUUUGUGGCAGUCCCAGGGGAGCGAUGGGCAUGCUGUGUCGUCAGCAAUGAUUCCCCCCUGACAGGCUGAGCGGCGCCGACUGCAGAUGGAGAUGGUUCAGCUGUUGCCUGUGGAGAGGAUGCCGGCUCUGAGGCCCAGGUAGGAGCCUGGCCAUGGGGGCUGUGCUGGGGCUGGCACCUCCCUGCUGCCCUCCCUAGCCUGCCAGCAGCUGGCUGCCGCCCCAACGGGCCACCAUGGAGCGGCCCACACGGGUGCCCAGGCCCCUCCGCCUCCUGGCCUUCUUUGGGCAGAAGCCGCAGGCUGUUGGAAGGGAGACAUCACCAGAACUGGAGCCAGAGCUGGAGGAACCUAAGGAGAUGAGCAUCACGCUGCCCCUGGGCGAGGGCGGGGAGCUGGUGGAGUGUCCCCUGUGCCUGCUGCCCCAGCCUCCUGAGGCCUUUCCCACCCUGGCCUCCUGUGACCACCGCUCGUGCUGGACCUGUCUGGAGCAGUACCUCCACAUUGCUGUCAGUGAGAGCCGCGUGCAGGUGGCCUGCCCGCACUGCCCUGCUGCGCUCCAGCCCGCUGACGUCCACCGCCUCCUGGCCGAGCCCGCUCUCCGUGACAAGUACGAGGAGUUCCUCCUGCGACGGCUGCUGGUGGCCGACCCCGGCACCCGCUGGUGCCCGGCGCCCGACUGCAGCUAUGCUGUCAUCGCCUAUGGCUGUGCCGAGUGUCCCCGCCUCACCUGCGGGCGUGAAGGCUGUGGCACCGAGUUCUGCUACCACUGCCGGCAGCCCUGGCACCCCGACGGCCCUUGUGUACCAGUGCCACCCGCCCCCAGCCUGGCCAGCCCUGCAGCACAGCUAGUCCACCUGGAGGACUUGGCCCACGCUGAGGCUGAGGACAUCAAGGUCUGUCCCCGCUGCAGUGCCUUCAUCAUGAAGAUCAAUGAUGGGAGCUGCAACCACAUGAACUGCACGGUCUGUGGCUGUCUCUUCUGCUGGCUCUGCCUGCAGGAGAUCUCCGAUGUGCACUUCCUCAGCCCCUCUGGCUGCACCUUCUCGGGGAAGAGGCCUUGGUCACGGACCCGGAAGAUCCUGUGGCAGCUGGGCAUGGUGCUGGGGGCGCCUAUGGUGACCUCCCUCGUCGCGGGCAUCGCUGUCCCUGUCAUUACCAUUGGGAUCCCCAUCUACAUGGGUAGGAAGGUGCUGGGCCAGAGACGGAGGAGCAGCCUGUCGGGGUGCCAGCAGUGCCUCUCUGUCACCAGCAGUGUCCUCCUCUCUCUCUUUGUGUCCCCCAUCAUAACAGCUGUCACCGUGGGAGUCGGUGUGCCCCUGAUGCUCACCUACGUCUACGGGGUGGUGGUGCUGUCGCUGUGUCGGAGCCGCUGGGGGUGCGGGGGCAGCCGCAGUCCGCCCGGGGAUCUCAGCGUGGUGGAGCUGGAGAACCUGACCAAGUGUGAGUCCUGCGCUGCUGUCUGUCUGCUGGCCUGUGCCCUUCGUUGGGCUGCACGGGCCCUGUUCCUGCCUCACAUCUCUGUGGCUGUGACAUCUCCAGAGCCAGGGGCUCCCUGUGGACCCGUGUCGGUUUUGCCCCGGUGGUGCCACACACACCUCUGUCCCUGCGGGGAGGCUGCAGGCUGGCAUCCUGGGACCAGCUUGUUUGCACACCCUGCCAUGUGCCUGGUAGCCCAUUCUGCUCCCUGCUCUGACGGGGAGCGGUCCUUGCAAACAGGGUACUUAGCACCAUCUCUCUCUCCACCAGUGAAUGAGCUGUGGUCGGUGCUGCCCAGCCCCAGGCCAGGUGAGGAUGGAGUCCUGGACACAACCACCUUCCCCAGCGGCAGCCAUAGCCCGCGCCGUGGGGCAGCGUGGAAGGAGCAUGACAGCCAAUCAGCCAGCAUGGUGGCCCUCGUGGGGAGCAUGCUGAGCGAGGGUCAGGACAUGUCCUACAGGCCCUGCGUUUGUCUGCAGGGAAGGCAUCAACAUCGAGGUGGAAGUGUCGAUCGAAGCAGUGCCGCAUCCUGCCCAGGAGCAGAGCCUGUGCAGUGCGCUGUCAGGGCAGAGUCUCUCUGGGGACUCCCUGGGAGGCACCAGUGACAGGUGCAGCACCAUGGGUGUCCCUGCAGAGUGAGGGGGACUGAGCAGCACUGAGCGGUGAGACCCUCGAUCCACAGAGCCCCCACCUGGGCUCCCACCUGCCACUGACACAAAGAUCCCAUGCUCUCCUGUGGCAGAGCUGGUCACCCUCUGUGGGGCACCACCUGCCCCAUGAACUGGGUCCUGGCCAUCCCCCAGGCUGGGCGGGCCCUGACUGCGCUUAGUGCUGCCUGCAGCCUGCGCCCAGCCCCAUCCACCCCUUUCCCGAAGGCAGUCUUCGGCAUUGGCACCGCUGGGAAAUAAAACUACUCUCUGAGGGUCUGUCUGUCUCCUGCGGCACAGCCACCCCCCCAACGGUACAGCCCCCAUCACAGCAGGCUCUGAUCCAUGCUGUGUUUCCCCCCCCCCGCAAUGGUUACUGCAGGAGGCCAAGCAGGUGGGGUACAAGUAGGGCCAAGGAGCAGGGCAAGAGUGGGGAUAUUCCCUUGUGCAAACACCCCAGAAAACUGAGCACUGCAGGUGCAGGACCAGCACAGCACAUGGCUGGGAGGGUGGGAUGUUGCUGCAGAGCCUCAGCCAGCACCAGCAAACCGAGCAGCUUGGGUAGGGGCUGAGCCUUGCCCCAGCUGGGCCAGCCCCUGGUGCACAGUGUGUGGCACCCAUGGGUCCUGCAUGCCCCCAUCUACUUUCCUGGGGGCAGCAAGUGGCUUCCAGCAGAUAGACCUUGAGUGUGGUGCAGGACAGCUGCAGCUGGGGCCCAGAGCAGCCCCUGAGGGUGGGAGGCUGUGCACUGUGCCAGGAAGAGCUGGGGAGCACACAGGUCUCACUAUGAUGACCUGUGUCUGUAUAUCUGCGUCCCUGUCUGCCCAACCCUGGCUGCUCCAGCAGUGUGUGAAGGGGUCCCAGGGCUGUCAGAGAGAAGGGCUGUGCCCUGGGCAAGCUAUGGGUGAUGUUUUAGCAUGUGGGGUGCUGCAGGACAGGGACCCGCCUGGAUCCUUCUUGUGAUGGGCACCCAGUCCAAAGCAGGAGAGAAAACUCUGCCGAAGAUCUGGUAGUGUCUCCCAGCUGGAGGAGGCACCAGCAGCGAGGCUGCCUGCAGCACCCAGACUCCCACUGCUGCUCCCCUCCCCAGUAGCACUGGGAUUACCAGGCCCCACACAGCCCUGCACUCCUGGGGGCCAGGUUAGUCACCACCAUAGAUAGCUGUGGUACGCCAUGUCCUGCGUCGGCUUCCCUCCAUGCCCUGUGGGAUGCUGGCAUGGGCUGCAGGGCACCCAUUUCUAUGCGUGGACAAGGACAAGGCAGUGGUGGCCAACCUAGUGCCUCCAUGCAUGGAGGGGGUUGUGGCCUCCCACCCUGCCUGUGGGCAAUGAGGCUGCCCCUGAUGAAUGCCUUGGACAGGCCGCAGCGUUGGGGUGGGGGCAGCUGCCCCUGUGCCCAAGCUUCUGGGGCCAAGCAGCUCGAAGUUGUGGGUGCUGAUCCCCACCAGGAAUCCAUCCUGCAGCCAGGCCAGCAUGGAGGCACCAUGUAGUAGUGCCACAAGCUGUGGGUGGGGACCCUGAGCCAGACAGGGUGUGCAGCCUCAGGCAAGUGGGAUCCUGCCUAUGACCAGUCUGACUCCACUGCAGCAUCCUUGGGAGAAAAAGCUGCUUCUGAACAUUUAGCUGCUUAAUGUUUAGCAGAGUCUAGCAGCACCUUGCACAGUUGUGGGGACUUGUACUGAUUGGGGUGGGUAGGUGCUGCCUACACCAUCACCCUUCCCCAGCCAUGCAUGGUCAAACGAUGCUCCACACUGGUGUGAGGCACUGACCCCAGCACAUGAUGGGUGCACCUGCCAUGGCACCUGUCUCUCACCCAGAAAUCAUCAGGUCCCUUCCCUGGUCCCAUAGCUGAAAGCCAGAGCCAACCAGGACUCCUGUGGUCCCAUAGCCACCUCCUUGCCCCCUGCUCCCAUGCUCUCGCACCCAGAGCUGCCCUUAGAGACCCACUCACUCCUUUGCUCCCAAGCCCCAUCGCCUACUGCACAGCUGGUACAGCUGCCCUUUGCUAGUGCUCAUAUGUGCAUGCAUUGCUGGCACCACAGACACUCCCCCACCUCCUCUGCACUCACACGGAGGAAAGUAAAUAGUUGAAGGUGGGGGUUUGAUACGGUGACAGGACAGACUGUGAUGAUCAGGCACAGGGCAUGGCCAAGACUCAGGUACUGCCUAGUCUCUGCUUACAUGCAAAUAAACCCUUUUAUUCCUUUAUCCCUUUAUUUCCCACAGUUGUUCCUCCCCAAAUCUCCUAAAUCCCUCCCUUUUCCCACCUUUGGUUCCUCCCCUGAACAUCCUGUAAUAAAUCCUGCACUAUCCCCAAAUGCUCUUUCCCUGCAUCCCAUAAUGUGUCCUGCACCCCUAGGCAGCCACCCUUCUGUGCUUGCAAGGUGAUGCAGAGAGCUCCCGAUGAGGCAUGGUGAUGGGUUUCACGCCUGGACCACAGGGCUGAUGGCUCUCCUGGGACAGCCCUGGGAGGGGCCUGGAUGGGUGUCUGUGAUUUGGGUCCCCGCACCUGCUCUUGUACCUCUGUCCUUCUGGCUUUUUAGACAUUGGCCUUUGAGGGGCUGGUGCUUCCCUUCUGAUGGGCCUGGGAGUAGCUGAGUCAGGUUAUUAAUCAAAUUACUCCUCCUGCCCUUGUUUCUUUGUGCCUCCUUUGUGUCUGCAGCUGAGCUUAUCACAUCACAUAACAGCCUGGGCUUCCCAGUGCCUUCAGUAACCAACUCUCAGACCUCUGGUCUCUCCAGGAUCUAUCCCAGGCUACACCAAAACCUGGCUCCCAAACCUCUUUGCCUGCUCAUCAUCAAGUCCAGCUUGAUACUCGCU